AUGCCUGAGGGCAAGCACCCGGUGCCACCUCCGCCCGCGGAUCGACUUGAAGUCUCCCUGAGCGGGCCUCUCGGGCGAGCACCCGCGGCAGUCGAGUACCGUACGAUCCCGCCGACGAUCAAUGUGCGCUACAAGCAGCGUCCGCCGCCUCUCAGGUUGCUGAGCCGGCGCCCAUCCGAUGUGGGCGCGCACUCGCCCGUUCUACCCAAUACCGCCACGACGGCGUCUUCGUUUAGCUCGUUUCCGGCCUCCGCGUCGACUCUGGCCACAUCGGCACCGCCCGAAAGCGCGAAGUGGUCCUUUAGUGCCUCCCUGUCGACAUUUCCGGAGACUCCAUACACGCCGUUAUCGCCUACCAGUGCAAGAAGCGGCACUGUACAAAUCGCUGAUGCGCUCUCUCCACCUCCUGACCCAGAGGCUUACCUCCGCGAGCGGCCCUGGGACUUUGCCGAGUACCUACUUCUGCUCGGCAUAGCGACGGUAUUGGCACCGUCACAUCCCUCUGGCUGGGUGCUCGUGACAGCGAAGUUCAACUCGUCUACACUCGGCCGCGCACCGCGCUCGAGCUGGGAAUGCUUUCACCGUUGUGCGGUGCCAUGGCUUGCCAAACCCGGCGACGUCCGUGCAUGCGGGACAUACCCACAUGUAGCCGGAGUGCAGCAUACGUACGAACACGUACAUAUGCAGGACUUCAUCGACGACUAUCUGGCGUUUGUCCGCGCGCUCGGUCACGGUGUCCGCAUCCCUAAACCAAGACCAGCUCAACAGACGCGCAUCAACCCGAACUUGAACGUACCAUCUGGUACACUCGGCCACACCAAUCAGCGAGGAUCUUCGCCCUGGUUUCAAACAGCUGCCCUGCACACGACUAUUGAGCGCAUCCUCGACCGCUCCGAAUCUCCGGGCGCAGGUCUACCCCCACAUCUGUAUCGCACACACGUACCACCGUCCUCCUCGACAGUCUAA